UAGGAAGCUUUGGAAAAUAAUGUGAUCCGGAUACUUGCAGAGGUCACUUGCACACCAGACCCCCCUUAACAAACUGGCAGGCUAGAGUUUGCGUUGCGUUUAGAGAAAGUUCAACUAGUAUUACAACCAAAUCUAUAAGUUUUCCUGUUUUGGAAGAGUGUGUCGUUAAUUCGACAUGAAUCCAUAGAACAAAUAUAACGUUUUUUUAAUGUCAUUUUAACCUCGUUUUCGGUUCCCCUCAUAUGAUGUGCCUUGGACAGUGGAAGUUUACAGCGACAGCCCCGGUUGUAGCAUGGCGUCCAGCGGCUUGGUGGGUGACUUCCUGUCUCCAGAGUCCACGGUGACCUCCCUGCUGUCCAGCUCGGGGCACCUGAGGAGCAGCCUGCUGGCCCCUGAACACAACACCACCUUCAGAUACAGAAACAAGAACUAUGGCUCAGCCUCGGCAGCGCUGGAUGCCUACAUUGCAGACUUUGAGAGAAGUCCUCGGAACAGCAAAUCGUUGACAGGAACACUGGUUCUGCCGUGCAGUCCGCCCACCACACCAAGCAGGCCCAGAGCGAGCACACUCAGAAACAAAGAUGUUCUCAGGGAGCGUUUGACGGACAGGGAGCUGGACUUCCUGAACCUCCCUGUCAGCUCCCUCCAUCACAUUGGCAACCGAGACAGACUCUCCAUGACAACAGAUGAGCUGCUGUCUAUCCCUUACGAUGGCUCAAUGCCUGUCACCCACACGUCAGCCUUCAUGCAAGGGCUCUUGUCCCAGUCUGGAGCUUCCCAGCCUUGCCCCUCCUUCUCCAGACCAGCACAUAGAACCUGGGACAGACUCAGCAGCAGCUACCCUGCCCCCCAACUCAGCCACCAGAACCACCCUCAUCCAGCCAGGACGCCCAGGAGCUCCAGGUGCAGAGGACGACCAGGGGGAGCCAUGUUGAAACCAGAUGUUGCCAGCUGCUACAGGCAAUCUGCACACCGAGCAGCGAGGUCAGAGUGCGAGGAGCCGUCUUUGUCGCUCCACCUCCCUCACUGGUUCACCAGCAACAAGACUGACAUGGACUGUUCUGGAAUCACCAGUGUGCCGGACAUAAAGUACCCAGCCUGGAUCCAGCGCUGUGACCUCAGCGAGCCGCCACCACCCGCAGAGUCAGAGCUGUGGGAUGACCACGCUCUCAGACCCGGAGCUCCGUCCUGGGUAGCAGAGCUGGAAGAUGAUGAUGGCGACCAAAUGCCUGCACAGGUUGACAGCCAGCAGACUCUCAGAGAGCUGCGGCUCCAGUUCGCUGAACAGAUUUCUCUACUCGCUGCAGAGAAAAAAAGCUCCGACAUCAUGGAAACUCUCUUCAGAGACAACAGGCUUGAGUCUCUAAUCCAAAAGGCAGAUCAGGUGUUGAACUCUCUGUCUCAGAGUUCUGGAGGAGCAGGAAGUCUGGCAGAUUCAGUCAGUCCUCCUGAUUGUGUUAAAGAAGCUGACAGUCCACUGAACACAGAGGAGCUGCUGCUCCGUUCUUCCUCACACUGUCAUCCAGUCACUCUGGAGUCAGCAGCAGCAGCAGCAGCAGCAGCGGGGGGCGUCGCAGAGGCUCUGACUGACAGCGGAGCUCAGGCUCUAGGGUGCUGUCUUCACGGAAACAGCAUAUUCAAGCAGCCUGGUCCAGUGGAGGCUCUGAAGCAGAUGUUGUUCAGACUGCAGGCAGUGGAAGCAGAGCUUCAGCGACAACAACAGGCAUCAGUCGCUCCUAUGCUCACUGACAGGACACAGGCAGAGGAGACUCCAGCGAAGCCGAGGCCUGAAGGUGAAGCAGAGCUGGAGAGUUUUCCUGGUGGACCAUCACUUCAGAGAGCUCUGCAUCAUCUGAGCCGUCUGAAGGUGCUGGUGGAAGAACCCAGAGAGAAACACAAAGAGGAGAAGGACGAAGAUGAAGGACGCUACUCCUCCUCAUCUGCUGACGGGCUCAUUUGCACUCAGCAGAAACCCUCCUGAGGCUACAGACCCGUUUAUCAGAGCGAGGGACUGGUUCAAUGAAAAAUAUGCAGCAUGGAGUUGCCUUGAUGCCUUGAAGGUGGAUUUUUGACUGAGCUAGGCUAGCAGUUUCCCCUGGAUUUCUCUUAAUGUCUAUGUUGCCCUUUAAAUUCCAGAUGAGAAUGAAGCUCUGUUGUGUCACAGCAAUGUUCGGGACAAUCCGACUCAAACUGAGAAACGUAUCAUCGUCUUACAGCACACUCCAAUAUUGUCAAAUAGAUGUGUGAAUGUGCCAAUAUGAAUGAGUUGUUUGUUACUGCACUGAAAAUGAUCUUUUUCAUGAUACAUAUUUGUAUUUGUAGCCAGGCUGGCAGCAAGACCCUGGAGAUGACAGUGUUAUAAUGGUAGCUUUACACAUUAAAUAAUGGAUGGAAACAUGCUAACUUGACCAUUUUAAAUACUAAUGUUAACAGGUCAACUGUAAAUGUUACAUGCUAAACCUCAGCAUGUUAGCAUCCAGUUAUUGUCAGUAUGGAUGUUAAUAUGCUAACUGUAGCCACAUUGCUAUUCUAACAUUAGCAUUCUAACAUGCCAAUUUCCUUAUUAUAAUGCAUAUUCCAAGUCUUACAUGUUAAAUGUCACAUGCUAAACCUCAACAAGGAGGUUGUUUUGUAACUAUGCACUGUAAUGUAUUUAGACACCACUAUUUAAUACUAAUUACUGAUCACAUUUUAUUGAAUGAAAAAGAAUGUUAUAUAAUAUUUUUAUUUCCCAAACUAAGGUAUAGAGAGUUUUGGUAUUUGUACAAAAACACAAAGGCAUUGUACUGGCAUGCUAACGUGGUACAAUUAGCAAAUUACCACUAAGCAUUGAGCUGAAAGCAAAGCUCUAACUGAGGCUGACAAAGUCCAGAGACUGAGAUGUCCUAAAAUGUCUUUAAAUAUGUCUAACUUAGAGUGUAAUAAUACAGAAGUGCCUGAAAAAACAAACAUGGACGCCUCAUGUCAGCUAAAGGCUUUCAUUCAAGGUCAUUAACCUUAAAUCUAAUGGAUACAGUGCGGUAUGCAACGUGCAGUGUUUGUAACCCUCACUGUUUUACUGUCUUAAGUUAAACUUUUAGUUUUGUUCCCUCUUUAUCUUUAUUUAUCUUUAUGAACUUUACUCAGUGUGAUUUGGACAGGAAAUCAGAUUAUUGAUGCAUUGGUGUUCUUUGUCUCUCAGCUGAUGAAGACAGACUGUCAGUGUUUUCUCUCCGGCUUUACAUUUGGAACCAUUAAAUUGUCAAAUCAGCGGUCAGGCAGACAGGUGACGGCUAAAUAUGAAAAGAUAUUUGUUUUGUUACAGAUUGAUUUUUUUAAUGUUUUUUUUAUUUCCUUGUAACAGGUUCGUCCCCAGCUGCUCUGAGCUGGGAUGUAUUAAAACAAAAUAAGUUUACAACCA